GCGACAUGGUUCCCGCAACAAUUGCUGGAAAGAUAGUCGGAGGAGUGUGCUCCCUGAGUGGUGUGUUGGUAAUAGCUUUGCCAGUACCAGUAAUUGUAUCGAAUUUCAGCAGAAUAUACCACCAAAAUCAAAGAGCAGAUAAACGGAAAGCACAAAGGAAAGCACGGCUAGCCCGAAUCCGAAUCGCCAAAGCCUCCUCAGGCGCCGCUUUCGUGAGCAAAAAGAAAGCGGCUGAAGCCCGAAUAGCUGCUCAAGAAUCGGGAAUUGAACUCGACGAUAACUACAGAGACGAAGACAUCUUUGAACUGCAACAUCACCAUCUUCUGCGUUGUCUGGAAAAGACGACCGAUCGCGAAUUCGUCGAACUGGAAGUACCCUACAACGGCCACCCUAAGAGGCCCGGGUCACCUUCUCCGAUGGCCAGUCCAGCCCAUUCCGCCGUAUCGAUAGGGCUACUUCAGUCCUGUUGCGGUCGUUGCUGUCCGAGGAGGUACCAGCAAACGUGUGGGAAGUACAUGCCAGCUGCAUCGGCAGCUCAGACCAACCAAACGGGCAGCGGGAUGGAUGGAACGUAUCUUGUUGAGGCGUCUUUUUAAGACAUAUCACAUUCAUUGCCUUCAGUGUUACACCAAUUCAAUUGCUGGUUUUUUAUACUAUCGGCCUAACUGUGCGCUGCAAAUUCCUCAUUAUCAUAAUUACAUGGAUAUCAGUUUUCUAAUUGUAUCUGCUAAAAAAGUUCCUCCACUUCUCGAUUUCUAUCUAGGAAUCUGGAUAGUUCUUUCAGCUUCAUAUUAAGCAAACCAACACUACUUUCCUUUGGGCCUACGAAACUUUUUCGUAAUACGUUUUCUGGUUUCGUAAACUGUAAUAUGUCUCAAGUAAAACAGCUGUGCUAAAGUUAUUCCUAAAGGUGGCUUCACUAUAACCAUUGUGGCACAUUUUUGAAGAUCAGAUGAAAUCAUAAAAACUGAUGUUUGCUGUUCGAAAAAUCUGAACAGACUGAACAGAAAAAAUAUGCAUUGGAUUCAUUCAUAUCUGAACGUUACUAUUAAUAGGCAGAAUAAAUAUUCACUUCAAUCAUGAAGUGAAUAUAAUGCUCAAAAGAAACAUGUGAAUGUGUGAACUUCAUAUUUCAAAAAAAUAUAUUGUGAGGCCACACAAACCUAAUUGAACCCGAUUCAAUAUAUUAUUGAAUCACAUUCAGAUAAAGUUAUAUUCCUGCAAUAUGGUGUACAAUAUGGUGUAUCUAUAUCACUAUGGGCUUGUAGGAUAAUGGCUGGUUAAAACUUCUGAGGUUAUUAUGUUGUCUGGAGAAGUACCUACAAUACUAAGUAAACUUCCAGAUUUUUGAAUCGAUUUUCAUUUGAAAAUUUACAAUAUACCAUACGAUUAUAUUUUGGGGAUAAAUUCUAAAUAUUGAUAAAUUUUGAAUGGCUAGGCCAAUUUUCAGGAAUGAAGUGGCGUUGGAAACUAAAAGAGGUUGAGGGGCUUGAGAAUCCUAAUCACAAUUUUCAUGCCAUUAGAUAGUAUAAUUGUUAUUUUGUAUUCAGAGGUCAUCCCAUGUGAAUGAUUUGAUUGAUUUUGGUUACAGAAGCUCAAACAAAAUAAGUCACAUAACUAGAAAAAUCAAUAGCAUCAUUUUUCAAACCAACUUUCAUUUACAUGCUCUGAAAAAAAAUAUAAACUUUGAAUUGUAUCAAAAUCAUCAAUUGAUCAUAUUUUUGGGAGAAGAGAAUUUUUUUUUUAAGACAUGGAAACUCUUCGGUAUGGGACUUCACCUGUAUUGAUAUUUUGGUUCAUUUUCAUCUUGAGUUGACUUCACAAACGACUGGUAGACUGAAAAAUGAAACUGCAGAAAUAUAAUUUCCUGAGUGUUCGAUACAUUUUCUAUCCAAUCGUCGUUGAAACAUUCGGUAACUAUGGUUUUGCCCCUGAAUUUUCGAAAGUUAUUCGUCAAAAACUGAUUAUAGUAACAGGUGAUUAAAACAAUUUUUUUUGGAACAUCGAAUCAGCAUUGCAAUUCAGUAAGGAAAUGUUUUCCUUUCCCAAAAUCUUUAUGAAAUCUUCAUUCGCCCCCAAAAGUUGCUUAUGUGCUUCAAUUUUUAUGACAUUUAUCUCCAGCCCUUUAUAUGAAAAAUUAUCAAUACGCAGAUGAAAGUAAAUCAGAUUCAAGUUCUGUGGAUGAAAAUAGUAGUGGUGAAUGGAGCACAGUUUCAUUAUCAGAACGGGGAACAGUUUUUGGAUUAUUUGAAUGAUAUCAAUACUAGUACUUCUAGUCCGAAGGGUAUUCUAAUUAAAGCUACCGCAGAAAUGAUCAAAGAACUGUGGUCUGCAGAUUUAUUAGAUGAAAUGGUGAACACAUCUUCCUCAAAAACGAAAUUCAGCAGAACACCCAUGAAUUUCUCUGCUAUCUUUCAUUUUAUAGAAUCACCGAUAAUCCUGAAUCAAUCUUGACGAAAAUUGAUUUGAAAUUGAACAACAGCGAAAAAGAACAAGUUCAGUGACAGUUUUGCCGCUCAGUUAAUAUCUAUAUUAAAAUUUUCAAACUGUGUUCACUCUUUGAUAUUUUUCAAUACGUCUGGAGUUUGUCUUUUCCCAUGCCACAAGAACUGAUCAAGUGAGAUCAUUACUAUGUUUGGAUAACUAUACAAGGAAAUCAAACUCUAAAUGAGGACGAAAAACCAACGUGUUUGAAGUGCAAAGAAAGAAGAACAUGUACGAAAUCCUUCUCAAUACAUGCGUUUCUUGGAAUUUCAGUAAUAAGUGUGAAGAGAUUUUCCCAAACAGAUAGAUUCAAAAGCAACUGAAUGUUAUCAUAGACUUUCUUCUGGAAUGUUUAGACAUGGGUUAUUACGAGUAUACAGUAGAUAAUGUAGAACAUUUUUUAAUAAUUUCUAAGCAGUGUCUAAUCAAAAUUGGACUACUUACAGAGGACAUAACAGGACUAACUGUAGACUCCCAUACAUAGACAAGUGGCGUAAAUACAACGAUUUACAAUGAAUUUUACUUUAAUAACUAUAUGUAAUGAAUCUAAAAAAUGACUCCUCCUCGUUUGAUUGAUUUAAUUUAAAGUUAAUUUGUUUCGUUUCAGAGCAUGUGAAUAUAAGCUUGUUGGAAAGAACAUUUGUUCUCAUAUGAACCAUUUCAUUUCAAAAACUAUUUGCGACCCUGGGAAAUAUGAAGGUUAUAAUCUACCGGCCAUACCUAGCCAAAACUGAAGACGGAAACAGUUAUCUUCUUUAUUUCAACAUAUGAUAUCAAAUUCAAGCUUCCUAUCGAUAUGCUUAUCGAACUAACAGUUCAUGAGUAGAUCAUAGAUAUGUACUCGUAGGUGCAAUCGUUGACUACCUUCCUGAAGGCCUUACAUUUGAGAAAAUCAUGAACUAUGAGUAUUAUAAAUACUAUCUAUAUUCUCCUACAUUCGAAUAGUUUAUUAUUCUUAGAGAAUUUCAAAUCUUCUCUAUAAAUGGUCCACCGAAAAUAAGGAGUUGUGAAAGAGCGUGACCUGCACGUUAUUUUGCACAUGUUCAGUGUUAUUGGUCAACGAAUUUGAGCCCUCGACCCAUUAUCUCACAGGCAAACAAAUUCCGUUAUUUUCAGACUGCUCAAAUCAUUUUUACACUAUUUUCUAUUCCGUAGUUUUGAUUUCCUUUUCCAAUUUGCCUUGAAAUUCUUUUCAAAAUUGUAAACGUGCAAAAUUUUCGUGCUCCAUACUCGUGACGCUGUUCGUGUGGGAAUAUCAAGAGACACUUGAUAGGAAAAAAAUACCACCAUCUGACAACCCACUGUUACUGAUAGUGAUGAGAAAUUGGGAAGUUAUUCUUCAUCCAAAACAACGCUUAUGGUGAAGAUCAGAACAAUUCCUUAACCUCCCAUAUCAUGUAAUGUCGUUACAUGGCAGUGUAGAUGAAUAUUUCAAUAUGCUGGGAAUCACACGUUGAAAAAAGUAAGGACCUUGUUCUUCCUCACCUCAUAUAAGUUUGGAUUAUCAAUUGCUGUAUCAUUUUCCAAAUUUCUAACUAAUCAUUCCAAAAAAUAUUUCAUCUCAGGAGCUUCAAAGUCUGACAUAUGAGUUUUUUUGUUGAAAUUUGCAAAAAUAAAAUACGAAAUUUGAUUAACUGAAAACUGAGUUCAUGAGAAUGAUAAUGACGUAUUUGGGAGCCGUAAUAGUGGAAAGCAUAUAGUAAACUCUCCAAAACUG